AACUUAAAAAUCAAACUCAAUCCAUCUACGAGUUACCCCUUAUCUCACCAUAUUCGAGCACACAAACCUGGAGCUCUGAGUCUUCGACUUCCUUCCUUUGAGAAUUAAGUCAUCUAGUCCUACUCGCUAGUUAAUUGAGAAUUGAGGCCAUUUAUGUCAAACCUUCAUCUCUACCAAUUUCUCGCUGGCCUGAAAAUUUCCACCGCCGUUGCCUCCGCCUCUUUUCCCCCUCGCUCCUCGAGCCCCUCGGGUAUCUGCCCGUUUCGACCGCGGGGUUUCCAGAGAUUUUGCCGCCCUGGGAAAAUCCGACUGCCGCCCGUAGAGCCUCCGUUCUCCGCUAACCUCUGCCGCCCGCAAUUCGUGAAAGCCCUCUCCGAGAGAUACCGAGCUUAGUUAACCCUUACAGGUCCGAAACCUUCUCACCUCAAUUGCUUUCUCUUAAUUAUUCGUAAAUCUCGGCUCUUUGAUGGGUUAGUUGUGAGUUGUGACUCUGAUCCACUCUCCUUGCUCGGAAUUUCAUUUUAGCAGAAUGAAUACUUUGCGCGAGUCAAGUAGUACUGACAGGAUUAGCAACCUUCCUGCUUACCUGGCCGAGCGAAUUCUCAUGCUGUUACCCUUAAAAGAAGCAGCAAAAACGGCUACCUGGUCAAGGCAAUGGAGGUACCGCUGGAGGAAUGUGCCUCAACUUGUAUUCAAUGCUGAUUUUGCCCGAACCCGUUGGGCCGAAACUGCAUCGAAUGCGAAUGCUCUGGUGAUGAAGAUAUACAAAGCGGUGCUCCUCCACAACAAUGAGCCUUCAACCAAGUUUGUGCUGGCAAUUCCUGGAUUGAAGCCUGGCGACGAGAUCGUUCCCUUGAUUCUUUACCUUGCCAACAAAGGUAUCCAGGAUAUCACCCUUCAGUUUCUUGAUGAAUUUGAUGAGUUCCAGUUUGGGUAUGAAACCAGGAACUUUGCUUCCCUCUUUGUUGCUCAUGAACUCAAUGCACUGAAACUGCAUAAUUGCAAAUUGUUGUCGCCAUCUGGGUUUGUGGGAUUUAGCAAGCUCACCUGUCUCGAAUUGGCAAACGUAGUAGUGGACGAAGAUUUCUUUGUUGGCUUCCUUCACAAGUGCCCGUUGCUUGAAGAAUUGAGGAUGAUAGAUUGUCUGGGUUGUAUAGAUAGCCCUGAUAUUGAGGCUCCUCGUCUCAAAGUGCUUUGUUUACGCACCAUCUUGUGGACCAUUCGCUUCAAGUAUACCCCUGUUCUUUCGCAGGUAUCCAUUCUUGAUUACUGUGAUUACUUGUCCAAUGGAAUGUACAGGUAUCAGCAGGGCAGUAUUGAUAUAGUAGAUGUAUUGGAUGCUUCCCUCCCUGCACUAAAACAGUUGAAACUUGGCAUUGAGUUCCUGCUGUUACUUGCUGCAGGCAAUCAUGUCCCGAAGAGGCUUCCUACUCCUCUUCAACACUUGGAAGUCCUGGAAAUGGAUAGCCUGGUAUUACAUAGUUUGCCCGAGGCACGUGUUCUUUUUUGCCUGAUCAUGAGUUCCCCCAACUUGAAAACACUCACCAUUCAGAUUGAUGAUGGAGCACGAGAUCCCGAGGAAAAUUUAAUUGACAGUCUGAAGAGUCUGUUGGAAGCAGAGGACCCACAAGGAUCUUGGGGUUGUUUUCAGAGUCUGGAAGAGUUGACCAUUAACGGAAUCUGUGGAUCACAAGUCGAGCUGGACUUGGUGAGCCUUGCACUAGCUGGUGCCCCACUACUUCGCAAGAUUGUUGUUACUACUUCAGAGUAUAUGAAUCUCGAUAAAUGUCACAAGUUCUUGACGGGAGUAUCAUACUGUAAACGGAGUUCCAAGAAGGCAAACUUACUGUAUACUUGGAAUGGAUGAAGGGUCUCAGCGACUCGUGUAGUACUGAUAGAAUCAGUAACCUGCCUGAGGUCUUGGCAGAUCACAUUGUCACGUUCUUGCUCCUAAAAGACGCAGCGAAAGCGGCUACAUUAUCAACGCAAUGGAGGUACUGCUGGAGAAAUGUUCCUCAACUAGUAUUUGAUUCUGAUUUUGCUCGAACCCGUUGGUCUGAAUCCGAAUCAAAUGUGCAUGACCUGAUGAACAAGAUUUUUACGAAGUUGCGAUUCUCCAUAAUAGCAAAUCCCACAACCAAGUUUGUGCUUGCAAUCCCUGGAUUAAGACCAUGUGACGAAAUUGAUCACUUCAUUCUUUACCUUGCCAACAACAAAAAGCUCAAGGACUUCACCCUUCGAAUACUCCACGAAUCAGGGUGGUAUCGUAUGUUUAUGACCUCAGGAAUUUCCCUUGUUUGCUGCUAUUGAACUCAAUACCCUCAAACUGCAAAGCUGUGAAUUUAGACCACCUCCUGGGUUUGUGGGCUUCAACAAGCUUGCCCAUCUCGAACUUAAUAACGUAAUGUUGGACGAGGAUUUCUUCGUCGAUUUUGUUACCAAGUGCCCGCUGCUAGAAGAUUUGAGGAUAAUAGAUUGUUGUGGGUUAGGCUCUCCUUUUGGAAUCGAUGCUAAACUAUAUUUGAUGAGAUCGAUUCCAAAACUAAUAAGAUAAACUUCAUUGA